GAGCAAACUUUCAUUUCGAGAAAGUGCGCAGGAGCCCACGACGUGUUCUCAGAUAUUUGUGUUGAUAUUGUUUUCCACAGCCAUGAAAGCGCUUCUACUUGCUGCAGUGGUCUCCCUGAUUCAUGCCAGUUAUGCAUCUUUGGUCAUCAAAGGGCCAACUGAGCCAGUUUUGGAGGGAGACACGGUCACGCUGGAGUGUCUAUACACAGACUCCGACCUGAACAUCAGCCAGGUCCACUUUGAGGUCUUCUCCAAGUACAUGCAUGGCUGGCGUCCCAUUAUGGAGAGAUAUUGGUGCUUCUACUCACUGAAGAUCCAGCAGCUCGCAGACAGGCUAGUGCUGUCUAUUCCCCGCGCAGGAAGGUACUACGAGGGGCCCUACCGCUGUGUGUCCAAUGACGAAAACAUGACCGAGCCAGACAACUCCUCGCAGCCCCUGUCCUUCAAAGUGCAUUAUAUGGGGGAGCUGUCACUGUCCAGGGAAGGCUACACCGGAUACCUGGGUACCCCACAUGAGCUGAAGGUGCGACUCGGAGACGACGUGGUGGUGAAAUGCUCUGCCAGCUCAUCAGAGGAGCCGAGCUACUUCUGGUACAAAGAGGGAAGUGACUGGGUUCUGCCCUCUUCUUCACUGAAACUGUCAAAAUUGAAUGCGAUGGAUGAAGGACAGUACACUUGCUCCGCUAGGCAUCCAUCUGUGGAGUCCCUCAACAAGAGACGAACUAUCAGCAUUACUGUACUGCCGGAGGAUGCCCACUGGUAUGAGACAAGUGAUGGCCGUCUCAUGUUGAUGAUUUCGGCAGUAGCUGUAGCUCUUGUGGUGUUCAUCCUCUCGAUGAUUGUAUUCCUGUGCCGCAGAGCCAAAGAGACCAAGACCAGCAAGGGACCCAUUGAUGACCGGUCUCAGAAAAAGCCGAUCUACAAAGCAAGCUCGGAGUCCCUACCCUCCACCUGCGGAGACAAUCAACCUCUGGUGUAACUGCAGAGGCAGGUGGAAGGAGAAUGGAUGGAAGGAUGGAGCGAGAGAUGGAGUUGUUGUCCAUAAAAAAAUAAAGAAUGUCAUAAAGCAGUAAAUGGGUAUAUUGGGAGACAUUAUAGGGCAGAGUACAAUAAAAAUCAGCAACAAGCUGGGUAUUUAAAAAAAACAAAACAAAUCAACUGAAGGGCAAGUGAUUGCUUUAGAGAUGCCUGAGCAGCUUGGCUUGUGAGCGCACGCUGCAGUUCUGCAUCUUGGACAGAAAGGUGGGCAAUUUUCUUUUCAUGUAUACUGCAGUGUGAAAAAUGGCGGGCUACGUUCUUAGAAAAUGAUGAUGAGGAUUCUACUUGUAUAAAGAUGCUACAUUCAGUUUUCUUUUUUCAGUUGCACACAUAAUUGCUCAGCUGUGUAUUGUGAAUGAAUCAUUUGGGUGAUAGGACAAGGUUUUAUGUUGUUGAUUUGUUUCUCUUUCAACCUUCACGUUUUCCAAAGCGGAACCAGCUCAAAGCAUCUUCGAGAAGGUUAUUGUAAUCUCUUUACUGUGACAGCUCUCAAGCACAUUGCACUCGAAUAUUUAAUUUAAUGUAGUUGGGAUUUUCUGUGGUAUUAAAUGGCUUUCAGAAAAUAUUA